UAAACUUGUUGGUCACGAUGAUAGCAUUAUUUUGACUGGUUGCCUGGUUUUUGUCCACAAUUGCAUAUUUGAAAGCGAGCCUCGCAGAAAGUCUUUAGUAACAUCGGGUUCAGGGAUGUGCAUUUUGCAAAGGCUUUUGGACAGAGCUGAGACUCUCCUUGAAGAUGAAAGCACACAGAACUUUGAGUUAAUAUAUGCUAUUUUCGCUCGAAUAAUGGAGUCUGAUCUUUUUCCACUACUGUUUGAUUCAUUGAAUUCACCAUUAUCAUUGGGACAAUCGCUAGCAAGACGUCAAAUCACUCUUCUCAAACUCCUUGAUUCCAAACUUUUUUCCUCAGAUUCUUCAAAUAUUUCUCUUUAUUUAUGCACUCAUCUCUUACAAGUUUUUGAUACAAUAUGCCCACAAGUAAUUUUUUCAAUGCAACAAGCCAAUAUUGUCGAUCGAGAAAAUCAGCCACAAGAAAUUGAAGAUACAAGUAUAUUGUAUACUGGAUUAGUAUUGUUAUUACAAUGUUUUGGAAAAUUAAGUCAAGAUGGAGAUGAUAGAAUACGAGAAUGCCUAUUUAAAGGAGGAAUUAUCGCCUCAACUCUUUUGGCUCAAGCUGAUAAAACGUUUCCGCGUGUAACCAAAGCCGCAUCGUCACCGUCUUUGCAGCAAGGAAUCUCGGAAUUUGCAUAUAUUAAAAGAGAUAUUAUUAGGGUGAUUGGAAACAUGGCAUAUGAUAAUUGCUCUGUUCAAGACGAGGUGCGCAGGUUAGGAGGGAUUUCACUAGUUCUGAACCAAUGCAAUAUUGACGAUAAUAAUCCGUAUAUUCGUGAACAUGCUAUAUUUGCACUUCGUAAUUUGCUAAUUAACAAUUCUGAAAAUCAAAAGCUUGUUAAAGAGCUUGAACCAAUUGCACCAGUUCAAAAUGACGUUCUGAGUGAGAUCGGCAUUAGAACUGAGCUAGGAAAUGAUG